GGAGAUGCACUUCUCUCCUUGCUUCCCGUUUUCACCACGUCUUUCGCCCGCCCGGUUCUCUCAAUCUCUUAUCAACUUCUUAAUCGUUUUUUCCACCUUGCUUUGCUCUGCUUUCCUGAUCUCGACCCCAGCUCUUCCCCACCCCCACUCUGGUGCCUUUCGCUGUAGUUUCUUCCCUGACUGCUGGGUCUGUCGAGCGUCCCGCAGAGUUUACCGUUGUCACGUAGGCGUAGGCCGCACGGCCGUAGCGUACUGUGCAGCUUAAAAACAAAAAGGCAGCGCCAUGGAGACCAUGACCCUGGGUUGGGUGGACCAGGCGGUGUUCGUCUUCAUGCUGGCCAUCUCCACACUGAUCGGAGUGUACUUCGCGUACUGCUCCCCCGGAGGCAACAUGUCGGCCGCCGAGUAUCUGGUGGGAGGGCGUACCAUGGGCACCAUACCCGUCGCCCUGUCCCUCAUCGCUAGCUACAUUUCGGGCAUCACGCUCCUCGGCUACCCGGCCGAGACGUACGUGUACGGCAUGCAGGUGAUGUACAAGAUGCUGUCGCUGCCCUUCAUGGGCUUCUUCUUCGCGAGCCAGCUGCUGCCCGUGUUCCGCGACCUGGCGGGGAUCUCGCUGUACGGCUACUUCUCCCGAAGGUUCAACAACAACGUCCGCCUGCUGGCGUCAUGUCUCUUCGUUUUCGGCAAUAUGUGCUGGUUACCCGUCGUGAUUUUCGUCCCUGCCAUGGCUUACGAACAAGUGGCGCAGGUGAACAUUCACUGGGUGACGCCUGUGGUGUGUGUCGUCUGCAUCUACUACACCACUGUGGGCGGCAUCAAGGCGGUGGUGUGGACCGACGCUGUGCAGGCCGUGUCCAUGUACGUGUGCGUCGUGAUGGUCAUGGUGGUGGGGAUUCUCAAAGUGGGGGGCCUUGGCGUCGUGUGGGAGCGCGGCGUGGCCUCUGGCCGCAUCGAGCCACCCGUCGUGACCCUGGACUUGACCACGAGGCACACGCUCUUCACGAUGAUGGUGGGCGCGUUCAUCGGGCACUGCGCCCACGCCGGGCUCGGCCAGUCCAUGAUCCAGCGCUACCUCUCGCUGUCCUCGAACCGCAAGGCCAUCACCGCCAUGUGGAUCUUCAUCGCCGGCAUCUGCACCUUCUUCAUCACCUCCUGCCUGGCGGGGCUCAUCAUCUCCGCCUACUACCACGACUGCGACCCCGUCCACGCGAAGAUGGUGUCCAGGGAAGACCAGCUACUGCCGUUGUUCGUCAUGGAGACCCUUAGAGACGUACCCGGUCUAGCCGGGCUGUUCAUCUCGGGCGUGUUCAGCGCCGCCCUCAGCUCCAUGUCCACAUCCCUGAACUCCAUGUCGGCCGUCAUCAUUGAAGACUGGGUGCGCGGGUUUGGGGGAUACGAGCCCAGCGAGCGCCACGCGGCGUGGAUCAUGCGCGGGGUGGUCGUGGUGCUGGGGGUCAUCACCGUGGGCCUCGUCUUCGUGGUGGAGAAACUCGGCAUGGUGAUGCAGCUGUCGUCCAGCAUGGCGGCGGUGUCCACGGGGCCGCUGUUCACGCUGUUCAUCGUGGGCCUGUUCAUACCCUGGUGCGACACCCGGAGCGCGCUGUGCGGCGCCGUCAGCUCCGCCAUGUUCACGGCCACCCUGGUGUUCGGCGCCGCGCGCGAGAUCGCCCUCGGCCGGCUGCGCUUCCCGAGGAAGCCCGUGUCGGUGGACGGCUGCCUGGCGGCCUUCAACACCACGGCCGCCCCCGUGAUCUUCGACGACUACGACAGGUAGACGGGGAACAGACGGAAGGAAUUUAGA